CGCGAGGGCUGCCGUUUUGCUCUACCAAACCUUCAGGAACCGUCGUUUUAACUGACAUCGAAUAGGUCUUAUGAAAAUUCCCAGAGUUCGCGUCGAUACGCUGUUAGCCAAUCAUGUUGGUAAGGGGUGGAGUGGAGUGGAAGGGGUUCUGUAGGUUGGCGUUUGUUGCACGACGGGACUUGGGAGUUCUGUUUGUCUCGUGUGGAAAGGAAAUGUUUUAUAUUUAUUUUAACUAUUGUGUUUGUUUUAAUUAAAAAUACAUCACCAGUUAGUAGUUUGGACCAUUAAAUGUGAAAAACAAUAUACUAGUGCUUAUCGGGUCAACCAAAUAAAGCCAAUGGAUGAUUUAUUUAUUAAAAACACAUUGAGAGCCGUAAAAAGGCACCGCUAAAUUAUAUUUAUUCUACUCUAAUAAAAAGUUUAGUAUUUUUAAUUAAACAUAGUGGACAGGGUUUAGUUCCUCUUGAUGGCUCCCCAUAAACAUAGUGGCGGUAGUUCGGGGUCUGGACCCGGUUCUGGUUUUGUUGGAGUAUCAGGCAGUAGAUCCGGCGGCCCUUGCUCCGCUUCUACGGCUGUGGUGCCGUUGAAGAAAGCGAAAAUGGAACAACUACAGGCCGAUCAUGAGCUCUUUUUACAGGCCUUUGAAAAACCAACUCAGAUAUAUAGAUUUCUUCGAACCAGGAACCUCAUAGCACCCAUCUUUUUGCACAGAACCCUCACAUACAUGUCUCAUAGAAGUUCCAGAACAAAUUUCCGAAGGAAAGCUUUUAAAGUAGAUGAAAUGUUGUCAAAAGUAGAAAAAAUGAAAGGAGAACAAGAAUCGCAUAGGGUAUCUUCUCACCUGCAACUUAUGUUCACUGGAUUCUUCCAUAAAAAUGAUAAGCCAUCACAUAACUCUGAGAAUGAACAGCAUUUUGUAACACUGGAGGUACUGCUUGUCAAAGUCUGCCACAAGAAAAGGAAGGAUGUGAGUUGUCCUAUUAAGCAAGUGCCUACAGGUAAAAAGCAGGUGCCUUUGAAUCCAGACCACAACCAAACAAAACCCGGAAGUUUUCCAGCAUUAGCCAUUUCAAGCAAUGAGUUUGAGGCCAAUAAUAGUCAUAUGGUGAAGUCAUACUCCCUGCUGUUCAGAGUAACACGUCAAGGAAGAAGAGACCUAAAUGGAAUGACCAAUGGAGAAGCUAAUGAAAAUAUUGAACUGACAGAGGAUAUUCCUGUGAGGAGGAAACGAAAUUCAUCUAUUCGGGAAGAUGGAGAAAGGACCUAUGUUGCACAGAUGACCGUCUUUGAUAAAAAUCGACGGUUGCAGCUGCUUGAUGGAGAAUAUGAAGUUGCCAUGCAGGAAAUGGAGGAAUGCCCGGUAAGCAAGAAAAGGGCUACAUGGGAAACUAUUCUUGAUGGAAAGAGGUUGCCACCAUUUGAAACAUUUUCUCAGGGUCCUACUCUUCAGUUUACACUUCGUUGGUUAGGAGAUGCAAAUGAUAAAUCUACGGCUCCUGUUGCUAAGCCUCUGGCAACUCGGAAUUCAGAUACCACGCAAGAAAACAAGCCAAAUUCCAUCAAACCCACCCAAACUAUAGCUGUCAAAGAUGCUGUUUCUACAGAUCUUCAUAACAGAAAAGAAAAAGAAGUAUCACUUGAGCCUCGACAAAAGAUGAGAAUAUUUUAUCAAUUCCUUUAUAACAACAAUACAAGACAGCAGACAGAAGCAAGAGAUGACCUACAUUGUCCGUGGUGUACACUGAAUUGUCGUCAGCUGUAUAGUUUGCUCAAGCAUCUUAAACUAUGCCACAGUAGAUUUGUCUUCAAUUAUGUACAUCAUCCAAAAGGUGCUAGAAUAGAUGUGUCUAUCAAUGAGUGCUAUGAUGGCUCCUAUGCAGGAAAUCCUCAAGAUAUACAUCGUCAGCCUGGAUUUGCCUUCAGCCGCAAUGGACCUGUUAAAAGGACCCCAAUUACGCACAUUCUUGUGUGCAGACCCAAGCGCACGAAACCUUGCAUGACAGAGUUCCAGGAAUCCGAAGAUGGAGAAGUUGAACAACAACGAACAUACAGUAGUGGUCAUAAUCGGCUGUAUUUCCAUAGUGACACUUGCCUCCCUCUCCGACCCCAAGAAAUGGAAGUGGAUAGUGAGGAUGAGAAGGACCCAGAAUGGCUGAGAGAGAAAACAAUCACGCAAAUAGAAGAAUUUACUGAUGUUAACGAAGGAGAAAAGGAAGUAAUGAAAUUGUGGAACCUGCAUGUUAUGAAGCAUGGGUUCAUAGCAGACAAUCAGAUGAAUCAUGCUUGUAUGCUGUUUGUGGAGCAAAUGGGACAGCGAAUAAUUGAAAAGAAUUUAUGCCGGAACUUUAUGCUUCACCUGGUUAGCAUGCACGAUUUUAACCUUAUUAAUAUAUCUACAAUAGAUAAAGCAAUGAUGAAGCUCCGGGAAAUGAACCAGAGACUUGAAGGAGGUGAAACUGAGUUAAACUCUUGUCAAGAUUUAAUCAAGGAACUGGAUGGAACAGCUGCAAAUGGAAAUGCUGAACUAAGUGCAAAGGACAAAAUUUCAGAAACUGAUAGUCUUAUCUCAGGAGUCACAAAACAGAGCAAAAAAACAAAAGCUUUGAGAGAAGAACCUUUUUUUUCUGUGGACGGAAAUUUAAGGCGCAAUUGAGGGAGCCAAACGUGCUAUGUUAAAAAAUGGGAAUUCAGGUUCCAAACAGGCAUGAUUUAUCAAGAAAAUGAUUUCAACAAGGGACAUUACAAGGCUGUAUUUUUUACAUUCAUAUCAGUUUUUGAGUGCUACUUAUAUAUUGAUGUAGUCCGGUAAUGUAAAUUAAAGCAAUAUUGCAUUUUAUCAUGAUAAGGCAAUACAUCAGAAAAGCUUUCUUCUUUGUACAUUUUGUCAUUUCUUAAAUAUUAGUGUUUAACAGACUAAAGAAAUUUGUAUGUACAAAUGAAUAUCAAAGAUAUAUUAGAAGCAAUUUUGAUAGGUAUAUUUUGAACCUGUGGAUGUUUGCAGUCUCCCACCAAUAGUUAUGCAACCUAUUUCUGAUCAUGUUUGGAUAGUUACAUUGGUCCGGAUAUUUAUUAAAUACUAUGACUUAAUUUUAUUUUUAGUUAAAAAAAAUUGAUGUUAAAAAUAUUUGUACUUGUUUUUAAAAAAAAGUGUUUUGGAUACUUGUUCCUUGUUAAAUCAUUUCUCUAGCCAGUGUGGUGGGAGAUGACCAUUUAAGGCUGGAUGACUAGAACGUGUUUUGUGGCAGUUUGUUGCACACUUAAAUCCAUUUCAGUUCUUUUAACAGCACUUCAGUGUUCCAUAGUGCCUGUUUGGAGAAACCUUGGCUUUUCACUUUUUUUGUUGAUAACUGAUUGUCUUUUGAGUGGCUGGCAGUUAUUUUUUGAGGAUAUUCAAGAUGCAAUGCUCACCCUGUGUAUUCCUGAAACUUGAACAACAUGCCUGUUGGUUACAGCACCAAAACAGAAGUUCAGGUUGUAUAUGUAAACGCAAAUUUAAUUCGUGUUAAUGUUGAACUGCUCAAGAAGUUUUAAGCUUGGGCUGUUGAACUGUCGCUCUUGAUGGUAAAAUGCACUGGAAAACUGAGAAUUUGUUACUUAUGCAAGUAUUCUGUGAUGAUUGUCCUAGGCAUUUUGGAAUUCAUUACAGACGCUGCAAACUGCAUUCUAUUAGUUUCGAGCAGUAUUGGGCUGCAUUUAAAAAAACAGUGCACAUGUUUACAGAUUUUUCCAGUAAAUAGUGGUUUUGCAGCUACUUAACAGCAAUGAAGGUUUUUAAUUCCAGCUUGCAAUGUGAUUGAGUGACGUCACGUUGUGUUUUUGUUUAAAUUGUCAUCUUUAUUUAUAAAGAAAUAAUGCUGCUCUGAAUACAGGUAUGUUGUUAGUCAGUUGCACAAUUCAUUCUGUCUGUCCAAGGUGCAGUUUUUCAUUUUUGUUUUAAUCUUUUUAAUUUUCUUCUGAAAAUAGGUAGACUUAGAUUUUACUUUGAGAUACUUAUGCCAGUCAUAUUUUUAAUUGAUUGCAUGACUGUUUACGCACACUGGCAUGGAUGUGCUUUCUCAUCCAGUAUUAAAUUCAUUUUUUUUUAUAUUUAUGUAUUUGCUGAAAAAGGGGAAAUUGCAUCUUUAAGUGCAGACUCAUUAAUUUGCCAGCUAUUGAGACAUUAGUUCUUGUACAAAUUUUUUAAUGCUUACGAAGGAUAUUAGGUGAAACAUUUCAUUAAAUAUGGCUUUAAUUUGCUAAAGCUGUGCACAUGUAUAAAAAUAGACUGGUUUAGGGAAGAGUUGUAGUUUGAGUUAUUGCUUUUUUCCAGCGGUUAUACUGUUAAUGCUUAAACGAAGGCUGCCAUUAUUUGCACAUAUCUGGUGAUGGCCCAAAACUAAAAAUUAAAUUUUAUGAUUUUAUUUUUUUCAGGUUCACACUGUCUUAUGUUUAUUUGUAAUUUAAAAAAAGUCAGUCAUGGAUGUAGUAUUUUUAUAUUUAAAAUAGUCAUGUCCCAGUAGUCCUGAUAACAUCUGAACUGGCUGGGGAUUUGUUUUAAAUGGUAAUAACAAUUCAAGAGUCUUUAUUUUGUGCAUUGUUUUAGUUUAAAGUUAUGUCUCAGGUGUAACUGUUUUUUUUUUUAUAAAUGGUUUUGUUAAUAGUUUGGUGAAUGGCAAUCUAUUUAAGAUGGUCCAAUUGUUUUCUAAACCAAAAGGCACACAAAUGUAUUAUUGAUAUGUAAAAUUUAAUUAUUGAUAUUGUAUUAUUAAAAUUCUGUAAAGUGUGCAUUUUAGAAAACUGUGUUAGACAACAUUUUGAAAGCAUAUCUUCAUUGUGUUUUUUUUCAGUCAGUACAUUGUGCAAAAUCUCAGUUGACUGCAACUCUUCUCUUAACCUUUGCAUUCUUCAAGACCUAGUUUUAGUCCUUCUGUGUUGCAUUAAUUAACUGAAACUAUUAGUCACACUGACUUUUCCAGAGUUGAAAGUGCAAAAGACUAUGAGGCAAAGGAUAGAGAAUUUAAGCUGUCUGGAUUUUGCAUUUGUUUUCACUGUAUGUAGUGUAGGAAGAUCAGGUAGGUAGAUAUCCUGUAUUUUGAUUAUAAAAUGCUGUCCAGCACAGUCAGUUGAUAUGGUGCAUCAAAAACAUUGUGCUUUAUGUGCCUCUUUCCAACUACUACAGUACUCCAGGCUAGUCAGUCUUCAUCCGAUUGCAGUGACAUCAGCACUUACACCAAUAUCACAUACAUGUUGUAUCAAUAGCAUCCUGUUCCUUCCAGUCAUUACCAACCCCUGUAAUAAAUUUAUAGUAUAUUAAGUUGGUAUUUCAGCCAUCCCUAAUAAUAUGAAGGCUACAUGAUCUGCUUUCUUUUGUUAUUUUAUCUGUCAGUUAUUUUCAUCACACCAACCUCUUCCCAUGACCCACACAAAGCUUAGUUGUGGAGAAUGUGAUUCAUGACUUAACAAAGACAACAUUUGAUAUGUUUUAGAAUCCCUUUGUUGUAAAGAGGCAGUAAAAUAUAUAAUGCAUUCUUACAUUACUUUUUAGGAAAGACAAGUAGGGGUUAACUAAAUAGUGCUGGCUUUGAUAAUCUUUUUCUCACAACUUUUGUUCAGGAAAGAGAGUCAAAUAUAGUUUACAGAGUAUUUGGUGCUAUAUUGUAGGAAGGACUAGUAAUAUAAUUAGGCUUCUUAGUGUGGAAGACACUAAUGACUGGAUAAAAAGAAGUUAGUUCAUAGCAGGUUUUGUUUUAAGCAAUUAGAGUGCUCUUCGCUAUGAGGGCUUCUGCGUGGUCGAAACUUUGCUAAUAUGGUUGUGAUAUAACAUCUGUUUGACAUGUAGAACUUCAGUAGUGUGGUCCUGAAUUAGAAUGCAUCCUGACCACCAAAAGCAGCAAAGUAUCACAAGUUGUGAUGACUGAGGAGUUUAUUUUGAUGGUGGAUCAACAUGGUGUGACCCUUUUUGUGUAGGGUCCUGUUGUGGAACAGUUUAUUUGAGGGAGUAUUGUAGAAGUCUUCUGGUACUGCAUUUUCUUAUGCGGUGUGUGUAUUUCCAUAGGCAGUUUUAUCUGCAAAACAAAUUGCACUUAGAAGGAGGUGGUUGAAAGAAGUGGUGUCACAGAAAAUUAGGAUUUUUUUGUGUGUUUGUUAUUUUAUAAGAAAAGUGUAUAUUGCUGCUUCCUUAAUUUCUACUCUGCUCAUUAGUAAUGAGCUUUGAUAAUGACUGUGUCUUGAGCAUUCGUCCAACUAUGUAGUCCAAUACAAUGAAAUUUCCUUCCUAAUUAAUCAUAUUUUGGAAUGAUGGGCUGGAGCUUACUGGAUGGAAGAGUUCCUUAACUAAAGAUUGAGUGGUGGGAAAUUGUAUUUCUUUGAACCAGAUUAGUUGUUAACUUUUCAUCUUAAGGCCUGAAUUUUUUGUUUUUAAUUUUGGAAGUUUUAAUUCUUAAUUUGAAUUUCUCUGGCAACACAAGUAUAAAAAUGUUUAUUAUAAAAUCAGUGACUUUCCAGUUGGCACAUUGACAGAGCACUGAGAGGAACAGCAGUUAGCAAAAUUGUUUAAAUGAGGUAGAAGCAAUUUCUCAGGAUCUUAACCUCAAAACUGUUGCUUAGUUUGUAUCAGUCAGAAAAGAAACCUUAUGCUGGUUUUUAACAUUUGUGGUUAUUCAAGUUUCUGUUUGGAUUUUUAUUAAAGAAACUUUGUCAUACCAGCUGUAUAAUGAAAGAAUUCAUGUGGUAAAAAUCUUUACUUGAGGGAGUCUGUGUACAUUUUUCUAUUCUCCUGAAGUUUUUUUUUCACGCUUAUUCAGUGGAGUUUAAAAUUCUACUAGGAACUGGAUAUAAAUGCUUUUUUUCACUGA